CCUGGACACGCUCAAACGCACAUGGUUCCGGGCGAAUAUUUCGUGACUUGGGACGUUCUGAUACCGCUGAUACUGAAAAGAUUUCCUAACUGUGGCAACUUAUUGUGCUGCGUGAUACGCGUAUUAUGAUAUUCUGACUGAGCUGCGUUGUGUUUCGUCGCCGUUCGUCGUUCGUCGUUAUUGCAAGAAAACUUCUGUUGGGAUCCCAGAAGCACGAACCGAGGAAGCGAACGAAGUUACAGCGAUCGCAGCGAUAGCGGGCUUCUUCAGGAUUUUUCCGACGACAGUGUGCCUCCCCGGUGUGACCAAUGACGGCGUCGAAGUGCCUGCGGGUCAUCUCGCUGGUGGACAUGGACUGCUUCUACGUCCAGGUGGAGCAGAGGCUGGCACCCAAGUGGAAGGGGAAGCCAUGUGCCGUGGCACAGUACAACACCUUCCAAGGUGGAGGGCUGAUAGCGGUGAACUACGAGGCCCGUGCACUGGGGGUGAAGCGAGGCAUGCGAGGUGAGCAGGCCCUCAAGCUCGCCAAGGACCUGCACCUCUUUCGGGUGCCUGAACAGCGAGGCAAGGCCGACCUCACCAGGUACAGGGAUGCCGGUGCCGAGGUGCUCUCCGUGCUGUGUCAGUUUGGCGCAGUGGUGCAGCGUGCGAGCAUCGACGAGGCCUACCUCGACCUGACGCCCGUGGUGGCCACUCAGACGGCCUUUCCUUCCCUGGACUCUCUCCCCAGUACGCACGUCGUGGGCUACCUCGAGGAACGGGGUGUGCGCACCAGAGAGGAGGCUGUGGCAGAGUGGCUCUCGACCAUCGUAGACCCCGGCGGAGGAGACUCUUUGCUGGCCCGCGGCUGUGCCCUGGUGGAGUGUGUACGGGCGGCCGUCUUGGAGCAGACAAGCUUCCACUGCUCGGCGGGCAUCGCCCACAACAAGGUCCUGGCCAAGCUGGUGUGUGGUCUGCACAAGCCCAGGCAGCAGACGGUGCUUCCCCACAGCGCCGUGCCAAACCUCUUUACCACCCUGCCUGUUCACAAGCUGAGGAAACUGGGAGGCAAGCUAGGUGAAGACGUCCGUGAAAAGCUGCAGGUGAAGGUGGUUGCUGACCUGCUGCCUUUCUCCCAGGACUACUUGUGCUCGGUGUUUGGAACCCGCAAAGGGCAGUGGCUGUACAAACUGGCGAGGGGGGUGGACGACGAACCCGUGACCUGUCGGAAGCUGCCCCAGUCCAUUGGCUGCAGCAAGAACUUCAGCGGCAGCUCGGCUCUGCAUUCGACAGUCAAGGUGAAAUACUGGGUCGAGCAGCUGGCUGCCGAGCUGGCAGAACGACUGCAGCGGGACCAGCAACAGAACGACCGGAUCGCCGAGCUGCUGACGGUGGGCGUUCAGCGAAGUGGCCAGCAGGGGGCCGUCUCUCGCUCCCGCCCGAUGGUAGCCUACUGCGCCGCGAGGAUCGCCCAGGACGCCCUCGCAAUCUUGGCCAAGCUCAACACGACGGGCUCCUGGACUCCAGCUCUUACGAACAUUUCUCUGUCAGCCGCGAGAUUCAGGGCCGUCGCCGCCGCCGACGCUGCCCAGGACAUCUCCAAAUUCUUGGUGCGUCGUUUGAAGGACUCGGCAGGGACCUCUUCCGAGCAGACCGUACCAGAGACCGUAGGGAAACACUGCAGUUCUUCACCGGACAAGAAGCUUCCAGAACCAGCUUUGGACAAACCAGUUGCUCGUGCAACAUUUUCUUUCUCGAAAAAGCUCAAACUCCCCCUGGUGGAGUCAACGAGCGAAGAAAGCAGUAGUGACACGGUGGUGUUGCCAGAAAAAAAUUACAAUGGUCAUUUUCUCUUAUCAAAUCUUCAUAGAGAUGCUGCCUCUGGUACCAAAGCAAGUGAUGGCAGUCUUGCAGUGAACCUAAAGACUGACGAUGCAGAUCUCUCGCUGGAGUCACCUGCAGUCGUCCGCGAUCACUCGGGAGCGGGUGUCGUCGAGGCUCGCGAAGAGUUCAGCUGUGGGGCAUCUCUUCUUGCGCCUAAGCCUUGUUCUUCGGCAGCCAUGGAGACGCGCAAAUUCGUUGAUUUUUUUGGUGUGGCCUCAUCGGGCAAAACUGUGAAAGAGGAGCGAGACAUGAGAAGUGAUGAAAAUCUCCCCGAUCGUUCUGAAGGUACCCAGUAUGGAGCCGACGAUGACAGGUGCAGUGUCCCAGAAGAUGUGGACUGUGCUGCUGGUGGCUCUCCCGGUGACCGUAACUCGGGCGACGGUUCGGUUGUCAGCCUGGAACCAACCUUUGUUCAGAAUUGGGAACGGUGCGGCAAAGCGGUUCCCGUGUGGAAAGUGCAGGAGCACAAAGGCUAUCAUCUCGCACAGGACUUGAGCAAAGUGGAAAGCAUUUUGCCUUUGCCAAGUGCAAGCCCGUCCAAGCGAAAAGCGUUUGCAUCUCGGGGCUCCAAGCACAAAAGAAAGAAAGCUCGCCCCGAGAAGGUUAAAACUCUGAAAGACUUUUUUUUUGUGAUUUAGAUGAGUAAAAAUUAAAACAAUUCUGUGAAAUGGUGC